CGAUCAUCUUUUGUUUCCUAUCAAAUUUAAAUUAAAAAUAAAUAAUUAAGAAUCGUAAUUUACAACUUCGCUGUCAAUUUGAAGCAAUGAACUCUUGAUGAUACCUAGUUUACUACAAAGAUGGUGUGUUUAAUGUUAAUGGUCGUAGCAGUUCUGCCCAUUUUAGGCAGCUUAGGCAAGAUAAUUCCAGAAGAUGCUAUCUCAUCAUUCGCAAAUCACCCAACAGUAACCGUCUCAACUGGUCGACUUGUUGGUAUCAGAGAUGUAACAGCCGAACAAAGAAUACCAUUCAACGCUUUCAUGGGUAUUCCGUACGCGGAACCACCAGUUGGAGAAUUAAGAUUUGCGGCUCCAGUUAAAAAGUCCAAUUGGUCAGGCGUUUGGGAUGCCACUGAAGAUGGCGACGUUUGCAUUCAAGGAUCAGGAAAAAAUAUAAGAGGCUCUGAGGAUUGUCUUACUAUGAACGUUUAUGCGCCCAAGAACGCCAAAAAUCUACCAGUGAUGGUCUGGAUCCACGGUGGAGGAUUCACAGGAGGCGAGUCCUUGAGAAGAGUCUACGGACCCGACUUUUUCCUCAACGAAGGCGUCAUAAUGGUGGCGUUGAACUAUCGUUUGGGAAUCUUUGGUUUCAUGACCACACAAGAUAAAACCGUUUCAGGCAACUGGGGACUUAAAGAUCAAAUUUUGGCUUUGCAAUGGGUCCAAGAGAACAUUCGUCAGUUUGGUGGUGAUCCGGACAAAGUUACUAUUUUCGGUGAAAGUGCUGGUGGAGCUUCGGUUUCUUACCUACUACAAAUACCUAAAGCACAAGGACUUUUUAGAAGCGCUAUCCUCCAAAGUGGCACAUCAGAAAACUUAUGGGCUCUGACGACCAGAGGUAGACAGGCAGCUUUUCAAGUUGGUUACCAAAUGGGCAUAGCUACACUUUUAUCAAGGACUCUAAUGAAUCGUUUAAGGCGAGUGGACGCAGAUAAACUUCAGUCGCAUGCUGCCAGCGUGCAAAACACAGCAUACCUACCAAAUCCAUUACGGGGUUUGAUUUGGGCGCCAACCAUUGAAGUCGAAGGACCAGAUGCUGUUUUCACAGCUAAAAGUGACGAGUAUGUGAGGUCUGGAGCGUACCCUAACAAAGUGCCUGUAAUGAUUGGGUUUACUAGUAAUGAGGCUGGACAUGCACAUGGAGUAUCAGAAUCUAUUCGUAAUGCUUUGGUUUACUUCGAUAUAGUUCCUAGUAACUUGGCACCAUUUAGUUUAACUUCAAAUAGCUCUAAAAGACGCGAAGCUGCAAGCGACAUCAGGGUAAACUUCUAUGGAGUCGAUUCAAUGCGACAUCAAUUUGAUGCUGUAGUUAAGUUUGUAAACUCUGAUCAAUUUACCAGAGGAAUUAUCAGACACGCUGAAAACAUGGUACCUUAUUCUUCUGUCUACUUUUACAUUUUCGGUUAUAUGGGCGACGCUGUAGGAGUAAAUCCCUACGAUGGUGCUGGACAUGCUGAAGAAUUAGCCUAUAUGUUCAAAAAUAAAGGAGUUUGGCCUCAUCCUCUCAGUAGUCAAGAUAAAAGGUUUAGAGAUAAAUUAGUACGAUUAUGGGCCAAUUUUGCCAAGACUGGAAAUCCGACCCCACAUAGAGACGCUCUUUUAAACAACGUUAUUUGGCCAACAUAUAAUUCAAAUAGCAGGCCAUUUGUUUGGCUAAAUUAUACUCUUAGUACAAGUACAGGGCCUUGCGAGAAGGAUUAUGAUUAUUUUACCAGUGUUUUUAAUAAAUAUGGUGAUGGACCGUUUACUACUUACUAGGAUAGAGGAGAUAUUCGAUUUUAAUAUAAAAUAUAUGCAUGUAUAAUAUAGGUUUGAACGAAUAAGUAGUUUUUUUUUGAGAGUAUGACUAGUGAAACAUGAAUUAUUAUCACACAA